ACGACGCUUUCUACACAGUUUACCACGUGAACACUUAUGGGAAAUGUACAACAUCUGUAAGCGAUUUACAACAGGAACACUCGAGUAGCACUCUAAUAGCAGGAAAAGAAGGCGAGAUAAAGGAAAAAAGAAAGAGCACACAAGCAUGCUGGAGGAGGGGAAGGUUGAGCAGACGCAUAAGGCCAGGAGAAGAACCUCAUGCUGGAUUAGAAAGAAGCAUGUUCGAGUGGGCUUAGCAGAAACUCUCAGCACUUUUGUCAUGAUGGUGUUUGGUCUAGGUUCUGUUGCUCAGGUGGUCACAGGAGGGGGUGUUUUUGGAGAUUACUUGAGCAUUAAUCUGGGUUUUGGUCUUGGUGUAGCGAUGGGAGUACAUGCUGGUGGGAAAGUGUCAGGUGCUCACAUGAAUGCAGCAGUGACGUUUACUAUGUGUGUAUUUGGCCGUCUGAGCUGGAAGAUGCUCCCACUCUAUGUAGUCGCACAAUUUCUGGGCUCCUUUAUUGCUGCGGGAACAAUUUACACCCUGUACUACGAUUCCAUAUAUCACUACUGUGGAGGAAACUUCACAGUGUUUGGACCCAAAGCAACAGCAGGGAUCUUUGCGACUUAUCCUGCUCCUUAUCUCUCAAUACAAACUGGAUUUUUGGAUCAGGUACUUGGUACUGCCAUGCUGUUGCUAUGUCUGAUGGCUCUGGCAGAUAAGAAGAACCAGCCUGCCCCAACUGGUGGAGAGCCUUUUGCUAUUGGAGCUCUUGUAUUGCUGAUUGGAGUUUCCAUGGGCAGUAACAGUGGCUACGCCAUCAAUCCCACCCGAGAUUUCGGGGCAAGAGUCUUUACAGCAAUUGCGGGCUGGGGAGUGGAAGUUUUCAGGGCAGGUAACAACUGGUGGUGGGUGCCCUUGGUGGCACCUUUAGUGGGUGGAGUGACUGGCGCUUUGAUAUAUAAAGCAUUUGUGGAGCUGCUCCAUCCUAAGAAUAAGGAUAAAACACCUGAGCCCAGUGGACCAUCAGAGCGUAUACCUCUGGAUCAGUGCAAGAAAGACAACACUGAUGAGUGUGUGAACUGUUAACAAGUCGAGUCCCACUGGAACCAUGAAAAGUGACGAGGGAUAUAAUCAGCUCCUGUCAGUUCCAGUGGACUGAUGAUUGGAUCCAUGAUAAAAAGUUCCAAAAAAAGAAAAACUCACUAGACAAACAAUUAUUAUGACCAUUGAAGAAUGAACUGGAAUGAAGGAACUGGUUUUUUUUCCCCCCUCCUUUAAAGAUUUUAUUUCCAAAUGCAUUUGAGAUAAUGGUAUAAUUUUAUGCCACCACAUUAGCAGGACAAAACAGUUCAUCUGGAAGAACCAGAAAACUGCAUGGUGGCAUAAUUUACAUGUUUUAUUUACAUAUUUCAGAUUAAGUUUACAUUUUAAGUUUCAUAGGCUAGCCCAGAUGCACAUGACAAUGCUGGAUUAGUUAUAGAAAGUCAUUCCCUCACUAGUCACCCCCUUUGUUUAAUAGUCUCUUCAAGUGAAUUAGACAUAAAUUGCAUAUGUUUGAAAUGUUACAUGUAAAAAAAAAAUCCCCAAAAAAACAAAGCCCUCUAUGUUGACGUCUGUCAUAAAACUGUUGGGU